GGCUCGCUUUUGAGCAAUUGUGUUGCAUGCAAUGCCGUGGUUAGCCCAGCGAGCGCCCGGAGCGUCCGCACGGGUUCGCCCGUGCUCGCUCGAGGGGCGCGUGGCCAGGUCCGGUCCUUGCUCCCGUGGAUGGUGCAGGAGGGAAGGGGGCACGUUGUGGGUGCUCCCCCAGCGCCUCCAGGUUCCCGGCCCGCUGCGCCGCUCAGCCGGGCCUGCCACCUGAGUUUUAGCGGGAGCAGCCCGUCAGGUCGCCUACCGUAUUGCGACUUGCAGACAGGCAGGGAGGGAGCCGCCGACAGAAAAAAAAAAUGCGUCCGGUCCUUUUUUGGCUGGAGGUGCGCUUCCUGCUACCCCUACGUUCCCAGGCAGUGCCAAUGCAGCAAAAUCCGAGGGCUCAAACAAUGUGGCCCCUCCAUCCCCGGCUUCGGGGCAUUCUGAUUGCUCUGCUGCUUUGACGUCCCGGCCACUUGGCUGGUUUUCAGAGCCAUGGAUGCGCGGUGUCUCUGUCUUGCACACAGAGGCUGGGCACCAUAACUUCUUCCCUGCCGAAUUUCAGCGCGUGGGGGGAGCUGGCAGGGACACAGGCUGCAGAGAUGCCCGGCUUCCUGUGGUUCCGGGCACCGCGCGCCUCAGUCUGCAUUGGCUGACACCAGAUAGCAUGUGGGGAUUUUCCUAGUUGCCGAAGAAGAUAUUGUUUGACGUUGCUGUAGUUUUGUGCUUACUUCUCUUGGGAUCUGCAGUGGUGCGAUUCUCCCCUUGUUUUUUCCCCCCUUUUCUUUGAAAAGAUGUCAAUGCUAUGUUCGGCAGAAAUGGAUACAGCAAGAGCAGCAUAGUUCAAAAAUUGAGGGAGGCAUCUACUCUCUUUUCCUGGGAUUUAAACGCGAUUUAGGAGGGCAGAUGCCCUACCCGAAAAGGCCAACCUUUAAAGACCCCGGCAGUGUUGUGGUCCAAGCCGUCUCAAAGCAGGUGGCCAGAUCUGCGUUUCUCAUCAGCGGACUCGCUCCGGCUGUGGCUCUUACGAAUCUGUACCAGAACAGGUUUUUAGGCCUGGCCGCCAUGGCGUCUCCUUCUAGAAACUCGCAGAGCCGACGCCGGUGCAAGGAGCCCCUCCGAUACAGUUACAACCCUGACCAGUUCCACAACAUGGACCUCAGGGGCGGCCCCCAUGAUGGCGUCACCAUUCCCCGCUCCACCAGCGACACAGACCUGGUCACCUCGGACAGCCGCUCCACGCUCAUGGUCAGCAGCUCCUACUACUCCAUCGGGCACUCGCAGGACCUGGUCAUCCACUGGGACAUAAAGGAGGAAGUGGACGCUGGGGACUGGAUUGGCAUGUACCUCAUUGAUGAGGUCUUGUCUGAAAACUUUCUGGACUACAAGAACCGUGGAGUCAAUGGUUCUCAUCGGGGCCAGAUCAUCUGGAAGAUUGACGCCAGCUCGUACUUUGUGGAACCUGAAACUAAGAUCUGCUUCAAAUACUACCAUGGAGUGAGCGGGGCCCUGCGAGCAACCACCCCCAGUGUCACGGUCAAAAACUCGGCAGCUCCUAUUUUUAAAAGCAUUGGCUCUGAUGAGACUGUCCAAGGACAAGGAAGUCGGAGGCUGAUCAGCUUCUCUCUCUCAGAUUUCCAAGCCAUGGGGUUGAAGAAAGGGAUGUUUUUCAAUCCAGACCCUUAUCUGAAGAUUUCCAUCCAGCCUGGGAAGCACAGCAUCUUCCCCGCCCUGCCUCACCAUGGACAGGAGAGGAGAUCCAAGAUCAUAGGCAACACCGUGAACCCCAUCUGGCAGGCCGAGCAAUUCAGUUUUGUGUCCUUGCCCACUGACGUGCUGGAAAUUGAGGUGAAGGACAAGUUUGCCAAGAGCCGCCCCAUCAUCAAACGCUUCUUGGGAAAGCUGUCGAUGCCCGUUCAAAGACUCCUGGAGAGACACGCCAUAGGGGAUAGGGUGGUCAGCUACACACUUGGCCGCAGGCUUCCAACAGAUCAUGUGAGUGGACAGCUGCAAUUCCGAUUUGAGAUCACUUCCUCCAUCCACCCAGCAGAUGAUGAAGAGAUUUCCCUGAGUACAGAGCCUGAGUCAGCCCAAAUUCAGGACAGCCCCAUGAACAAUGUGGUGGAAAAUGGCAGUGGGGAUCCUCGUGCUGAGGCCCCAGAGCCCUCUGAGAGCUGGAAACCAGAGCAGCUGGGUGAGGGCAGUGUCCCAGAUGGUCCAGGGAACCAGAGCAUGGAGCUUUCCAGACCAACUGAGGAAGCAGCAAUCAUCACAGAGACAGGAGACCAGGGCGUGGUCUCUGUGGGACCUGAAGGGGCUGGGGAACUCCUGGCCCAGGUGCAAAAGGACAUCCAGCCUGCCCUGAGUGCAGAAGAGCUGGCCGAGCAGCUGGACCUGGGUGAGGAGGCGUCAGCACUGCUGCUGGAAGAUGGUGAAGUCCCAGCCAGCACAGAGGAGGGGCACGUGGAGGAGGAAACCACGGCACAGAGCCGGGCUGGAAGGGAGGAAGAGAAGGAGCGGGAGGAGGAGGAGGGAGAUGUGUCUGCCCUGGAGCAGGGAGAGGGCAGGCUACAGCUGCGGGCCUCAGUGAAGAGAAAAAGCAGGCCCUGCUCCUUGCCUGUGUCCGAGCUGGAGACAGUGAUCGCGUCGGCCUGUGGGGACCCCGAGACCCCGAGGACACACUACAUCCGCAUCCACACCCUGCUGCACAGCAUGCCCUCGGCCCAGGGCAGCAGCGCGGCAGAGGACGAGGACGGCACGGAGGAGUCCACCCUAAAGGACUCCUCAGAGAAGGAUGGACUCAGUGAGGUGGACACGGUGGCCGCUGACCCGUCUGCCCUGGAAGAGGACGGAGAAGAGCCCGAGGGGGCUACCCCAGGCACGGCGCCCCCUGGCCACUCCGGGGGCCACUUCCCCAGCCUGGCCAACGGCGCGGCCCCGGAUGGCGACACGCACCCCAGCACCGGGAGCGAGAGCGACUCCAGCCCCAGGCAAGGCGGGGACCACAGCUGCGAGGGCUGUGACGCGUCCUGCUGCAGCCCCUCGUGCUACAGCUCCUCGUGCUACAGCACGUCCUGCUACAGCAGCUCGUGCUACAGCGCCUCCUGCUACAGCCCCUCCUGCUACAAUGGCAACAGGUUCGCCAGCCACACGCGCUUCUCCUCCGUAGACAGCGCCAAGAUCUCCGAGAGCACGGUCUUCUCCUCGCAAGACGACGACGACGAAGAGAACAGCGCGUUCGAGUCGGUGCCCGACUCCAUGCAGAGUCCUGAGCUGGACCCGGAGUCCACGAACGGCGCUGGGCCGUGGCAAGACGAGCUGGCCGCCCCUAGCGGGCACAUGGGAAGAACCCCGGAAGGUCUGGAAUCCCCCGUGGCAGGUCCAAGCAAUCGGAGAGAAGGUGAAUGUCCUACACUCCAUAAUUCCCAGCCAGUAAGCCAGCUUCCUUCCCUGAGGCCUGAACAUCACCACUACCCAACAAUCGAUGAGCCUCUUCCACCAAACUGGGAAGCUCGAAUUGACAGCCACGGGCGGGUCUUUUAUGUGGACCACGUGAACCGCACAACCACCUGGCAGCGUCCCACAGCAGCAGCCACCCCGGACGGCAUGCGGCGAUCGGGGUCCAUCCAGCAGAUGGAGCAACUCAACAGGCGGUAUCAAAAUAUUCAGCGAACCAUUGCAACAGAGAGGCCCGAAGAAGAUUCUGGCAGCCAAAGCUGUGAGCAAGCCCCAGCAGGAGGCGGCGGAGGUGGAGGGAGUGACUCGGAAGCCGAAUCUUCCCAGUCCAGCUUAGAUCUAAGGAGAGAAGGGUCACUUUCUCCGGUGAAUUCGCAAAAAAUCACCUUGCUGCUGCAGUCCCCAGCGGUCAAGUUCAUCACCAACCCGGAGUUCUUCACUGUGCUGCACGCCAAUUAUGUGAGUGCCCUGAAAGGCGGAGGGGGCAGCCUGGCUCAGCAAGACCCAAAGCACAGCUUGAGUGCCUACCGAGUCUUCACCAGUAGCACCUGCUUAAAGCACAUGAUUCUGAAAGUCCGGCGGGAUGCUCGCAAUUUUGAACGCUACCAGCACAACCGGGACUUGGUGAAUUUCAUCAACAUGUUUGCAGACACUCGGCUGGAACUGCCCCGGGGCUGGGAGAUCAAAACGGACCAGCAGGGAAAGUCUUUUUUUGUGGACCACAACAGUCGAGCUACCACUUUCAUUGACCCCCGAAUCCCUCUUCAGAACGGUCGUCUUCCCAAUCAUCUGACUCAUCGACAGCACCUCCAGAGGCUCCGAAGUUACAGCGCUGGAGAGGCCUCAGAAGUCUCUAGAAACAGAGGAGCCUCUUUACUGACCAGGCCAGGACACAGCCUAGUAGCUGCUAUUCGAAGCCAACAUCAACAUGAGUCAUUGCCACUGGCAUAUAAUGACAAGAUUGUGGCAUUUCUUCGCCAGCCAAACAUUUUUGAAAUGCUGCAAGAGCGUCAGCCAAGCUUAGCAAGAAACCACGCACUCAGGGAGAAAAUCCAUUACAUUCGGACUGAGGGUAAUCAUGGGCUUGAGAAGUUGUCCUGUGAUGCAGACCUGGUCAUUUUGCUUAGUCUCUUUGAAGAAGAGAUUAUGUCCUACGUCCCCCUGCAGGCUGCCUUCCACCCUGGGUAUAGCUUCUCUCCCCGCUGUUCACCCUGUUCCUCACCUCAGAACUCCCCAGGUUUACAGAGAGCCAGCGCAAGAGCCCCUUCCCCCUACCGGAGAGACUUUGAGGCCAAGCUCCGCAAUUUCUACAGAAAACUGGAAGCCAAAGGAUUUGGUCAGGGUCCAGGGAAAAUUAAGCUCAUUAUUCGCCGGGAUCACUUGUUGGAAGGAACCUUCAAUCAGGUGAUGGCCUAUUCACGGAAAGAGCUCCAGCGAAACAAGCUCUACGUCACCUUUGUUGGAGAGGAGGGCCUGGACUACAGUGGUCCCUCGCGGGAGUUCUUCUUCCUUCUGUCUCAGGAGCUCUUCAAUCCUUACUAUGGACUCUUUGAGUACUCAGCAAAUGAUACUUACACAGUGCAGAUCAGCCCCAUGUCCGCAUUUGUAGAAAACCAUCUUGAGUGGUUCAGGUUUAGCGGUCGCAUCCUGGGCCUGGCUCUGAUCCAUCAGUACCUUCUCGACGCUUUCUUCACGAGGCCCUUCUAUAAGGCACUCCUGAGACUGCCCUGUGAUUUGAGUGACCUGGAAUAUUUGGAUGAGGAAUUCCACCAGAGCUUGCAGUGGAUGAAGGACAACAACAUCACAGACAUCCUAGACCUCACUUUCACUGUUAAUGAAGAGGUUUUCGGACAGGUCACGGAAAGGGAGUUGAAGUCUGGAGGAGCCAACACACAGGUGACAGAGAAGAACAAGAAGGAGUAUAUCGAGCGCAUGGUGAAGUGGCGGGUGGAGCGCGGCGUGGUGCAGCAGACCGAGGCACUGGUGCGCGGCUUCUACGAGGUUGUAGACUCAAGGCUGGUGUCCGUGUUUGAUGCCAGGGAGCUGGAGCUGGUGAUUGCUGGAACCGCAGAAAUUGACCUGAAUGACUGGCGGAAUAACACGGAGUACCGGGGAGGUUACCACGAUGGGCAUCUUGUGAUCCGCUGGUUCUGGGCCGCGGUGGAGCGCUUCAAUAAUGAGCAGAGGCUGAGAUUACUGCAGUUCGUCACGGGAACUUCCAGCGUGCCCUACGAAGGCUUCGCAGCCCUCCGGGGGAGCAAUGGGCUCCGGCGCUUCUGCAUAGAGAAAUGGGGGAAAAUUACCUCUCUCCCCAGGGCACACACAUGCUUCAACCGACUGGAUCUUCCACCGUAUCCCUCGUACUCCAUGUUGUAUGAAAAGCUGUUAACAGCAGUAGAGGAAACCAGCACCUUUGGACUUGAGUGAGGACAUGGAACCUCGCCUGACAUUUUCCUGGCCAGUGACAUCACCCUUCCUGGGAUGAUCCCCUUUUCCCUUUCCCUUAAUCAACUCUCCUUUGAUUUUGGUAUUCCAUGAUUUUUAUUUUCAAACCAAAUCAGGAUUGACAAAAGCUGUGCAUGAAGAACUGCCUUCUUCUAAGAUCUAACCUUCAGGCUUCUCUCCUCUGUUUUCAAUGAACUGCUAGCCUGUAUGCAAUAUUAAAAAGCAGCUGUCUCAAGGUCUGUGUAUAUCUCCACAUACCUCCAUUACUAACAAUGAAAUAUGAAUGCAAGUUAAGCUACACUUGACCAAAUGGUAAUAAAUGUUUACUUCCAUUUCUAUCAUUUAAGGGAAAAUGUGAGCAUUAAGCACUCCAAGCUUUUAUAUGCCCAUGUCUUCUGAGCAGAGCCACCAUUUUUAAUAAUUUCUAACAACCAACUUCAGAACUAGGAGCUGAUCAACUCUUUGUUUUCCUCACUCUCUACUUUUCCUUGUGCAUAAUAUCCAUCCAAAGGACAACAGUGGCAAAGCUGAAAUUUUUAUACAUUCAACUCAUGAUUCACAUGUGGCAUCAGUCCCAUCAGCCAGACCUAGCCCAGACAUAAACGGUGCAAAUAUGACACUUCUAACAAUUAAAACAGCAAGAAGACACCUGCUGCUGAUGCGAUGCAGUGCGUCCCGAUGGUUGUGGGGAUCGUGGGCUCCACUCAGAGAAGUUUAGGAGGGGGAGCACCCCUAGCGAAUAUUCACACCACAAGAAGCACAAACGUGUGCACCUGUCCAAGAAAGAAACCUUCUUGAUUGAUGUAGCAUGAAGGCUGAGGCUUCAACCCCCACUGUCUUGUGUAGAAUGUGGCAGUAGAAGGGGAAGAAGGACAUAUGCCCUUGGUUUCCAUCCCUGAAUUCUGUACUGUUCUGUUCUGUUUAGCCACAGUGCUUCGCAAAGGAAAAAAAAAAAAACGUGUAGAAGAUGGCCAUGACUUUCCUUUGCUUGGCAGACAAACCCUUUUUUUAAAACUUUGUUAUUGGUUUUUUCACUUUUUUUUUUUUCCUUUUCCUUUCUUAAUCAUAGCGUUCAAGUUCCUUUCAUUCAAUUGUCCAUCGGGACCACACUAGGAAGCUGCAGAGAGUGAUGGUGCUUGUUAGGGAUCAAGGGCAACAGAGUACUUUUCCCUCACCCAUAGCAAUCCUCCCGGGGCAGAAACAGAACACCCCAAAGGCACAUCGACUUGUAUCAAAAUCAAUAUCCAGUUUCUUUUAGCAUUCAGUAAAAACAUAACUCAGAAAACUUCCUGUUGUCAGAAAAACAAUUGCAGGCUCCAAAGACAGCCUAACCUCUCAAUUACAUUUGAAAUAAACCCAACCAUCAUGGUCAUUUGCUAUUUUUCUAACGUUGUUAUCCAAGUUGUCUGAAAUAUGUCAUAAAUGAAAGUGUUUUUCUUCACUGGGAAAAAGAAGCACUCAAGAGACUCCACUAUUUAAAUGUCCCAUUAUUGUUUUCCAUAUUAAAAUGGGGAGAAAUGUAAGACUAAGUUAAUUUCAUAUGAAGUCAUGCCUGGUGGCUCAUUAUACCAGUUUGUGUCUGGACAGUGUGUUAUUUGUGUUUCUACACUCUAAAGCAUUCUGGCUGGGCAUAGUGAGUGGCUCAUGCCUGUAAUCUCAGCACUUUGGGAGGCCAAGGUGGGGAGAUCACUUGAGGUCAGGAGUUUGAAACCAACAUGGCCAACAUAGUGAAACCCCAUGACCAACAUGGCCAAUAUGGUGAAAUCCCAUCUCUACUAAAAAUACAAAAAUUAGCUGGGUGUGGUGGCACCCACCUGCAAUCCUAGCUACUUAGGAGGCUGAGGCAGGAGAAUCGCUUGAACCCUGGAGGCAAAGGUUGCAGUGAGCCAAGAUUGUGCCACUGCACUCCAGCCUGAGUGGGACUCCAUCUCAAAACAAAAAUAAAAUAAAGCAUUAUUUUAGUAGGAAUUAUCUACAAUGCCCAGCACCGCUUGCAGCUAUGUGUCCAUGGUCAAUCAAGGAGUAUACAUUAUAGAAAUUUAGCCUUUUAUUGUCUAAAAAGAAUACUGAGACAGGAUGGAAUGUGUAAAUUAUAUGAUAUAGAAUUUGAGGGGUAUGUAAAAUUCAGUACCCAUUUCAGCAUCUGAAAAAUAGUGGAUUCCAAUGGAGCUAUUAUUUAUGAAAUCAGAGCAUGAGGACUAUGCAAAUCAUUGAACCAUAUCCUUAUUCUAACUCUGGCAACAGCAUCUCUAAUAUAGGGGCAUCUUUUAUCUUUAGAACUUCAUGUUAUACAUAUGUAAAUACUCAUUACUUCAAACAUUCAACUCUCUUUCUAGUACUUGCAUUAUUUGUCAGGCAUUGGAAAGGGAGAAAGCUGUUUACUAGAUGGAUCAGCUCCUGGAGAGCUUUACAAUUUAUAAAUAAUUAAUCUAUUAAUGAGAUUAAUUAAUAUCUAUUCUACCCAUAUACAAAAGGAAUGCAGUAUCUCAGAAAUUCUAUAUAGCUAGGUAAUGUUGACAUCCAUGAUUUUUCAUCUAACUUUUCCUUUUCCACCAGCCCUACUGAUGUCAUAGCUGUGUAGAUCUGUCCCAUAAAGCAUAACAGGAACAAUAGUUCGCAAAAGUACAGAGUGUCAUAAAGAAAUGCUGACGUCACAUCACCUGGAAUAAGACGAAGCUUGCUUCACAGGGCUUCACUAUUUCAUUGCAACUUUGCAUAGAAUCCUUAAGGAAGAAAAACAAAGAGAAGAGGAACACAGAAACAAGCUAUGGAAAGAUCAUGUUUACCUUAUUUAUAAGGCUGAUUUUUAAAUUAUAUAUAAUUUUUCAUUUGAUAUGCACAUUAAAUGAAAUAGCUACGGAACUAAAUUUCACUUAGGUGGAGGUGUAAACCACCCUAAGUUAUAUAGUUCGGUGAAAAGAUCUAUUUGUUGCCACCUGUAACGUUUUUUUAAGCAUGAGUUUUCUCCACGGAGGCAAACUGCAAAAUCAAUCGCUUAUAAAUUUAUAAGCCACAAUCUCUCUAAAACAAGAUCUUUUAGAUUUGGUUUUACUAAGAGGGCAUUAGCCUGAAUCGGGGGACAAACAAGAACAAUAAAUAAGAGAAUAUAUAUGUUACAACUUUGAAAAAUGCUUUUAAAAUGCUAUAAAGUGUCAUGAUAAUAAUUUCAUGGAUAUCACAAAUGUUCUAUUCUAUAGUGUGAAGAUGAUAAUCCUAAACAUAGAAAUUGACUCUACGGGGACAGAAGUAUUCCAAAUCUACUAAACUCUUUGUAAUUUCCCAUGUAUAUAAAUUAGUGGGGGUUGUGAAGAUGCCGAGAGAGUGGUGAAAAAAUGAAGAGAAAGAGACAUAUGAUUUGGGGGAGCAGGCUUGAAACAUGCAAGAUCUAAAUUUUCUUUUGAUACAUGACCAUAUGUCCUUUAACGAUAAGCGUAUUUGUGUGGCAAGCCAAUGGCUGAGCUUUCCAGGAUAGUUUUAAUAUUACAUCCAUCGUAUUGUCAGUCCAUAUGUCAAACCAUGUGUCCAAAAUUUGGGUUCAAAAAUUUCUCAAUUGCCACAAUUAUUUUCCCAGUCAAGGUGAAACACUUUCAAAUGAAAGUAGUUAGAACUUUGCAUAACAAAUGUGGUGCUUUAUUAUUAUUAUUAUUAUUACGUACUUCAGUGUUCAUUAUUAAAACUAGUGCAAUACUAUAUCAUAAAAAUCUGGGACGGAUGUUCCAGCCAUCAUAAGGUCCAAAAGAGAAAGUGUUAUUUUCCUGUUAGUGACAUGUAGUCUCUUUGUUCUAGUAGAAAAAAAGGUGCCUAGAGGUAGUAUAUAGAGUAAAUAUUGUUCCUUUAGCCUACUUCCUGCAGCUUCCGGUUUAUCUGAGGAAAUGUCUAUAACAAUUUUGUUCAAAAGUCUGUUCCAGUGCAUAGCAGGAGAGGUCCACGUUACUGGGCUGAUUUUGCUUACAUCAACAAGAGAAAUGUCACGUGACACUCAGCCGCGCUUUCUCUUCCAUCACACCAUCUUCAAGGAAUGUCAAUAAACUCACUUUGGUAUGGCA